AUGAGCGUUUUGAUGUUUGUCGACGCCGCGGGCGACGGACGCUGGCCGUCAGCGUACUCAGUGAACCGGUUCAGGUCUAAGUCUGCCACUGACGUCCAAAGUGAAGGUCAUCGUCCUACCACGGUGUUUGCGUACCGUCAGCCGGAAUCGUUGCUGGUGGACGCCGUGGCACGGGAGUUUGCGCUGUCAACGUGCCGAGGCCACCGGAUCAGGGUCGUGCUGAUCGGCGUCCAAGAUCCCCAGCUGGCCGAACUCCUGUACCAGGAACGUGGCUUGCCCGUCAACGUGGUGUUUAGCACGCCGGAGGUGGACGACCGAUGGUUCGGUGUGCUUGGACCGCUCCCCGGGAUCACCAUGUCCGCAUGGCAGGGGUGGCGGCCUACGAUGCUCGGAGACGACGACAAAAACGACGACGAAGAUGUCGUCUCGUUGGUGGUGGACGUUAUUAAUACUUUGUGCGAUGAUUACCGAUCGUACAUGGUCGGCCUGCGCGACGUGCCGUCCUUCGCGACACAUCUCGACGCGUCAUCGUCAGUUGACAACGGGUCCGUGUACGCCACUAUCAUGGACACUUUUGGUGAAGGCGUCCAGGCCGUUGAACCGGUACUGGACGCAAUGUUGGAACAGCUCUGCGGCGCCACCGGUAAUAUAUGCUGUUGCUCAACCAGUAUUUAUUUUCGGGGGGGGGAGGGGGUAAGGUGGUCCUUAUUUUUGAACUUUCAAAUUGUUGAUUUCUCACCACUCUUAUUUUGUUAAAUACCAUAAGUAAGUAACUUGGUUUUGGUUAAUCAUUCCCUUCUCGUACCCCACGAAGGUCGAAAAAUGAUCAGAGUAGGGAGUUUAUUUAUUUUUUAUGAUAUUAUUUUAUUAUUUUAUUUAUUACUCAUGCAUUGUAAGACAAAAUUAUUUUGAUCACUAAUCAGUAUUUAGCAGUAUUGUUAUCGACAAAUGCUUUGUAAUCUAAACAUUAUAAAGUGUUACAAUAGUACGAUUGGUAAUUCUAUAUAAUUUCGACGUAAUGCGACUAUUAUUAAAUUUUUAUCAAACCCAAUAUAUUUGUCUGCUUCUAACUAUUGAACUAUCAGUCGACAAUCAUUCAGUUAUGAAAAAACACGUGAAUGUUAAAUGUGUUGUUUGGUUAAAAUGCUAAAAGAAAUUGCAUUGCAUAUUAAAUAUUUAUUUUUUUAUUUUGAAGUUAUAAUUUGUUAUUAUGGCAACUUCGUCAAACAUUAACCUUCGCGAUAACAGUAAAAUAUUUUUAGUUGGAAGUGUUUCAAAUCAAAUUGUAGAUAGUAAGUUACCUUCAAUAAAACAAGCUUUAAGUGUACUGUUUUAUAAUAUAUGUGCCGUUAGUUUAAAUUUACACGAGAACAGUAAAUUAGUAAUCAAAGAGACUAUCAUAUUUUGGGAAAAAGCGGAUAUUUCUGUUAGAGAAGAAUAUCAUUUAAUUAAAAAUUUGGAGACAUUGUAUAAUAAGUGGAGAAAUCUACAAAAACAUGUGACUUCAGAAUUGGUCAAUAAUCGAAAGAAAGAAGAAUUUUUUAUAAAUAGGUUUGAUGAUAUCUUUUAUAUUGCUCAUGUUGACACGUUGGAUAAAAUAAAAUAGCGAUAAACAAUUUUUAAUUGCUCAAUGAACUAAAGGAAGACCGGGUUGUAUGCUAGGAAUAGAUGGAAAAAAUCAACAACUUGAAGAACGUAUUGGAAUAAGAUUGACAGGAGCGAUAAAUAAAAAAAAAAGAGUUAAUGAAUAAAUGGAAAUUUUAAGUAACUUGUUUUUUAUUGAAGAUUUAUAUUUAUUGUUAAUAUAUUAAACUUAUCUAUUUUAAAAAACAGCUAUUUUUGUUAAUAUUUUAGAACAAAUAGUUAAUAGUGGUUCUCUUUUUCCAUCCUCGAGUAGUGAUUCAGAAGAAAUCGACAAAAUAUCAGUUGAAUAA